AUGCAAAUAGCGGGUGUCGAGGUGCACGUCGCAGGCCUAGACAGGAACAGAGAGCCAGAACCAACGCUCUCUCAACCUAUAGGGGAAAUGUUGACGGCGUGCCUGGAUAGGAUACUGCGAUCCCCCACGCCGUUAAAGGUGACCAUGGAGCAAUGGCUGUCUACUCGUAUGACGGCUCCAAACGUGGACUGGGCUCUCAUCGAUGAGCUCGUAGCGUGGCUGACUAUGCGGUUUGUCCCGCAGCCCGAGGUACUGCGCGACGGGGCUGGAGGAGCUGAAACGCAGUGGUUGCCUCCGGCGUAUAGUAACGUGGCUUACGCGACGCAUGGAUUGCCAGAAUGUACAGCACUACCUGAGGAAAGUAAUUUCUACUUCCAUGAUCACGCGACAACGUUUACGGACAACGUUUUUGUGACUAGGGCGCUGGCUAACACAGCACCAGCAUUACGAGUAGGCGCCUGGACCAAUGAGGCUGAGUUAAUUACAGGCCUGGGCAUAGCGACAUAUGUCCACAGCGAACGCGGUGUCGCUUCUAACGAGGAGGGCACUGCCAUGGCAUUAGACGACGUAGAGCGCGUGAUGUUAAAAAGGCGUCUCUACGAAGAGUGGAAAAGGGGGGUGGGGAUCAGUGACCAGGCCGUCAGCCCCGAACUAAUGGGUAACGACCGAGCGUUUUGGGACACCAUCGUGUAUGGUGCAGGGGAAGAAUCGGACUCCGUGUCAUCAAUCGGAGAAUAUGCGUUGGGCAUAGCGAGCCGGGCACAGCUGUCAUGGGAGGCAAACGCCCAGGCAGAGGGCGUAAUGACUACGCUGACGGGUGUAAGGACCCCUCUCGCGCUCAACCUGAGCGAUGUCACAGAGAGGGGUCGUUACACCUUUAUGGACAAUGAAAGAAUGCAACACAUGAAGGGGGUCUCCGGCCACUGGCUGGAGAACAGGGUGGGGCACGAAGGCCUUGAAAAACGAUGGACUACAUUUAAUUUUACUCUUCUGAGAAAUAAAAUAAAAAUUACCUGA